AAAUUUUGAAGGGCAUGUUUGGAAAUAGCGAAUUCAGGAGGCAACGUGCAACUCGACAAGAGAGGCAGUCAAAUUGCCCACCAAAAUACUGAAGUGGAAUCUUGGAAAGGAUGGAAAGGAUUAUGUUGUUGGCGAGUUGAUCAAAGUAAUCAAUGCUUUCAUCCAGCUUCUCUAAGGACCUGUUGAUAGCUUUAGACCGAAAGCUAAUUCAUAACAUGAUGACAAAGAACUUGGGAGUCAAGGAAUCAUUCUGUGCCUCGACACUCUGCUUUGGCUGCAACCAACCAGAGGCUACUCACUCUGAAAUAAAUGCAGCUCAACAAUCAUUUCAUGCUGAACAAUCAAUCCUUUUAAAGACAUCUGGAGAUGGAGAAUGUGUGCAAAGUGGUGAUAUUGAUGUGCGACCCAAUACUGCAGAGUCAAAGGAACAGGCAAGUUGCCUUUCAAUGUUGGAGAUGCAUCAACAAAGCUUUCCAGCAUGGACACUCUUUACGACUUAUCUCAUUCUAGUGGAGCCACUGGUAAGGAGGAGGUUGACAAUUAUUUUGACUAUUUCAUUAGGGAUAUAGCAAGUUGAG